AUGUCCAAUCCGACACUCACAUUCGUCACAGGCAAUGCCAAUAAGUUGCGCGAAGUGCAGCAGAUCUUUUCUCUGACGCCCAACUUCCCCUACGAGCUCACCAACAAGGAUCUUGAUCUGCCUGAGAUUCAAGGCACGACCAGAGAUGUAGCUCAAGCCAAGUGUGCUGCUGCUGCCAAAGCGCUUGGUGGGGCUUGCAUCACCGAAGACACAGCGCUUGGCUUUCAUGCUCUCGGUGGUCUUCCUGGACCCUACAUCAAAGACUUUAUGAAGACGAUCGGACACGAUGGACUCAACAAGAUGCUUGACGGGUUUGAAGAUCGUACCGCUUCUGCCAUUUGCACGUUUGCUUACUGUGCUGGCCCAGACGAGCAAGUCCAUCUGUUCGAAGGCAGAACAGAAGGUGUCAUCGUACCUCCUCGCGGCCCAACACACUUUGGCUGGGACCCUAUUUUGGAAAUCAAAGGUACUGGCUUGACGUACGCAGAGAUGGACCCAAAACAGAAGAACACUCUGUCGCACAGAUACAAGGCUCUGACACUAUUGCAAGAUUACCUCGUCGGUCUCAGCAAACAAAACUGA